AUACCGCCAUGGUUUUGCGGCAGCUGCAGAUGCCACAGAAUACUUAAAACUUCACUUGUAAGAGAGAGGCACAGAUGCCAUUGCGGCCUUUUUUAAAUUUUAUCAUUGACAGUUUUCAGAUAACUAGUACCGUUCUGCAGUAACAGUAUAUUCGAAGAGAACAUGCCAUUUCAAUUUAAAGUGAAAACCGAAACGAAACAUAUUGUGGUUAAAUAUGAUGGUACACUAAAGGUGAAUCUUAAAGAUAUCAUUACAUGCAGAGAAAUUAAGUUGAAAACAACUACGGAUCGUAUGUUUAUGCUGGGGUGUAUUGCUGGUGGUGCAGCUGUUGCAGCAAUUGGUGCAACGUACCUGAUCCUUAAAAAUAGCCUCAAUUUAAGUGCAUCACUUUUUGCACUUAAAUGUGCUAUAUUUGAGGUGACAAUUCCAAAUGACCAUGAGAAAGAAUUCGAAGAGUAUGUCGACAAAAAGUUGAUUGCGGAUUUGCAAAGAGAAUUCGAAAAUAUUGAGAGUCAUCUGACUGUUUUGGGGAUUAAAACCGGAUAUUCAGUUGAUCAAGACAUGAUCAUCAAACAACUAAAAUAUGUCAAAAUAGACUCAGUGGAACGCUGUGGUCAAGAUAUUGCAGAAAAAGCAUUUAAAGAUAUGUAUGUGAAGAAAGCAUUGAUAAAUAAGCGAUUCUACGAACCACCAACAAAAAAAUUGCGCCCUACUAUCAAACCACCAACAAGUCUGAAUAUCAGGAAAGGGCCCAAAUCACCGAGUACCCAGAUAUUUGCCUCAUAUGACACUGUCGAGGGAGCAGAUGGAUACAUUGUUACAGCACAUGACCUUGAAAGUGGAAAAAAGGUCCAAAAAUCCACACCCGAUGGGUUCUGCAUCGUCGAUGGUCUAGAAGCAGGCCAUUCCUAUGUUUUGGGAGUGAAAUCUGUUUGCAAUGGCACAGAGAGUUCAGAACUCUUGAUGAAGGACUUCGUGCAAACUGCUCUGUAUGAUCCAUUUCCCUGGAUAACAACGAAGAUAGUGGACGACAGUAGAAGCAUAAAAACCAAAGCUACGUUACCUACGCAUUAUAGUGGAUCAACAGCUGAUCAAACUUCAAAAGUGGGAUCUUCAGAAUUUAUAGAGAAGGAUGAUUUGCCUGAACUUUGGAGUUCCAGUCUUCAUGUGGAAUUAAAGAAAAUAUUCAGAAAGGGAUUUGAUGGCGCAAAAAUGAAGCGCUUCCUUGCCAAGUGUGAUGAGCUUGGAAUAACUGAGGUAGGCGAUCUCAAAUUCAUCGAAUGCAAAGAGGUUGCAGAGCAAUUCAAAGGCACAGUUAAAAUGGUCGAAAUCUUGAAGCUGAUUGAUUAUGCACAAGCACAAGGACAAUAUGCCAAAGAAGAACGCACAAAUCUCUGCAAAUGCCGAAACAGCCUUGGAUUGGCCUAAAUUGGAAAUGGAAUUUUACAUUAUUAGCGUAGUUUUUCUGUGUUUUCUGUCACAAUUCAGUAACACAAGUUAGUAACUAGCAUAGCGAUGUAUACUGUCUAUGGUAGUGAAUGGCCACAAAGAGUGACCAAGUGAAUUUCUGCAGUAUUUCAUUUAAGAGUAUUUUUAAUAAUUAUAUAUAUAUAUAUAUAUUAAAAUUAAUGUAUUUGGUUUUACAACUUAUAGCUAUUUUUUGCCUAUUGUUUAUGUAAUAUUUCGCUAAUUUCUAUGCAGAAAAUAAUAUUCUUUUAUACCCUAUUUGUUAUGCAAGUUCAAAUCAUUUAACAAUUAUUUUUCUGGAUCCCUCAGCUGUUGAGGUGAUAUUAUACAGCUUAUUAUGCAUGAAUUUUAAAGUUGUCUUUCAAAUUUUGAAACCAAUUUGUAGAAAUAUAUACUAGUUAG